AUGGCCUCACCACGAUCAUCCCCAGCUCUCGACGACGCUCCCUGCUCUCCAACGGCUGCUGGACAGCCUGGAUCCUCGCAGGUUUGCGGGGAUAGCAGCAAGAACCGGCCCCUCGGCAACGAGGUGGCAUUUUUCAACCAUCGGGCGGCCCACAAGGCGCUUCAGGGGCUCAGAGAAGCCACGGCGAGGCAGUACACCGCCAAGAACAUCGAGCACUCGGACGCGCUGGAGACCAGAACUGCGGCCGCGGCGCGUCAUUCGCGUUCCCGGGAGAAGCGCAAGCACUACCGCUGGGUGAUGGUGAACGCAUGGCUCCAUGUGAGCGAGGAUCAGGAGCAAGGCAUUGGCGGCAGCAACGACGAGCAGUGGGAAUUGGAGACGGCGUCCAACGUCUCAGAACCAAACUCACUCUUCGACGAGAACGUCAUGUCAGCGAAGGAGAAACACAAAUCCGCCAAAGAGGCCGUCACCACCAUCUGGGAGGAGAUGCGAGCCAUCCGUACGCAACUCAACCAAUACAACCGCAUGAUUGCCGAUCUGGAGAAGCAGUACCCCGAGCUUGGAGGCCACCACAUGGGCAAACACCGCGGCACCAAACGCAAGGCCGAAUCGACCUCUGACGAGAAGAACGAAGCCGAAGCACCACCAGCGAAGCGAGCCAAAUCAACCAUCCCCGACAAACAUCAGAAGGCCGUAGACGACUGGCACAAGACCUGCACGACCGUUCUGAAAGCCCACGGCGAACUCAAAGAAUUCCCAGCACCCAUCGCAUGGGAUUGCGCUUCCCGCGAGAUCUGCAACCGCAACCAUCCAGACCUCAACAGCCCGACCGCCCGUGUCCUCCGCGCCUGCGAGCACAACAUCCGCGAGGCCUGUGACCAUCUCACAAAGCGCGAGCUGAAGCAGUACAUGACCAUGUUCCACCCCGACAAAUUCUCGGCGGUUCAGCAGGAUGACAAGCGCAAGGCGUGGCAGCUCAUGACGAACGAAGUGUUUGUCGUGCUGAGCGAGAUGUUUGAGAAGAAGGAUGAUGAUGAUGAGACGACUCGGGCGGGUUCUACGACGACGACGACGACGCAGAAAAAGAAGAAGAGCACGAAUUGCACGUGCGGCUUUGAGAGGGGUGAUCCGACGGCGACGGGCUGUACGUGUCGGUUUGAUUAG